GGCAUAAACAAUCUUCACAUUAAUUCAAUCAUUAAUACUUAUGAAAAGAUAAGACCAUCCAACUUGAAUUUUGCUUCCCUUGUUUAGCUUCCCUUGUUUCUAGGUAUCUCCAACAAAGCCCAUAUCUUUUGAUGUGCAAUAUAUACACACAAACAACAUAGUUUUCUCCAUCCCAUUCUCAUAUCAAUCUACUAACACAUUUCCAUCUAACUUGUUCACCUCUUAAAUUUCACAAGUGAACAAUUCAUUGAUCAUAUAAUUAUGGAUGAUAAAUCACAACAGCUCCAUAUAGUCCUAUUCCCAUUCAUGGCCCAUGGCCACAUGAUCCCAACUCUUGACAUCGCGAGGCUCUUUGCUGCUCGCGGUGUCAAGACAACCCUCAUCACCACCCCUCGCAACGCACCCACCUUUCUUACCGCCAUCGAAAAAGGAAACAAAUCUAGUGCCCCAACAAUCAAUGUUGAGGUAUUCAAUUUCCAAGCUCAAGCAUUUGGUCUACCUGAAGGAUGUGAGAACCUAGAGCAAGCACUUGGUCCUGGAAUAACGGACCGAUUCUUUAAGGCUGCAGCAAUGCUAAGAGAUCAACUCGAGCACUUCCUAGAGAAAACACAACCCAACUGUCUUGUAGCUGAUAUGUUCUUCCCUUGGGCUACUGAUUCUGCAGCUAAGUUCAACAUUCCUAGACUAGUUUUCCAUGGACAUUGCUUGUUUGCACUUUGUGCUUUAGAAAUAAUUAGACUACAUGAGCCUUAUAACAAUGCAUCAUCUGACGAGGAACCAUUUCUUCUUCCUCAUCUUCCGCACGAAAUUGAGCUAACAAGGUUACAGUUCUCAGAGGAAUUAUGGAAGAAUGGCGGGGAUAGUGACUACAAAAAAAGAUCCAAAGCGAUCAAAGAAUCCGAGCUCAAGUGUUAUGGUGUGCUUGUCAACAGCUUUUAUGAGUUAGAACCAGAUUAUGCCGAAUAUUUUAGGAAAGAUUUAGGAAGGAGGGCAUGGAAUAUUGGUCCUGUUUCACUUUACAAUAGAAGCAAUGAAGAAAAAGCUCAAAGAGGGAAACAAGCUUCAAUAGAUGAACACGAAUGCUUAAAAUGGCUUAACUCAAAGAAGCCUAAUUCCGUGAUUUACAUCUGUUUCGGAAGCACGAUGCACAUGAUACCUUCUCAGCUAAAUGAGAUUGCCAUGGGUUUAGAAGCUUCUGGAAAAGACUUUAUAUGGGUAGUAAGGAAUGAAGAUGAUCUUGGAGAAUUCGAGGAAAGAAUGGAAGGAAAAGGUUUAAUUAUAAGAGGAUGGGCUCCACAAGUGUUGAUCUUAGAGCAUGAAGUCAUAGGAGCCUUUGUGACUCAUUGUGGAUGGAACUCGACAAUAGAAGGGAUCGCAGCAGGCGUGCCAAUGGUUACAUGGCCUGUGUUCGCCGAGCAAUUCCUCAACGAAAAAUUGAUCACUCGGGUUUUGAGGAUUGGGAUCCCCGUUGGAGCUAAGAAGUGGGCUUUCAAACCUUCUGAGGAGUAUGUUGUGAAAAAAAAUGACAUACAGAAAGCUUUGAGAGAAAUAAUGGAGGGGAAUGAAGCUGAGGAGAGGAGAACUAGAGCUAAAGAGUACAAGGAAAUGGCAUGGAAGGCUUUACAAGAAGGUGGUUCUUCAUAUUCAGAUUUGAGUGCAUUAAUAGAUGAGUUGAGAGGUUUAUCAACCUAAAAUCAAGAUUUAUGUUAGUGCAUAAUCAUUUUGUUGUCUUCUAUCCAUAUGUUUUUGCUUUCUUUGCUAUGUUCUUGCUUGGAUAUGCAACAUUUUAAUUAUUGUGGAAAAUUUAUCUUCUUGGAACCACAGCAUGUCCUUGUACCAUGAUAAAAAGGUGAAGAGCUAAGCUAUCUAGAGAGAUAAAAAGAUAUGAUACAGUUUUGAACA